AUGCCUGACGCCAUCUUGGACGACAUCUCUCACCGACGCUUCAACCCACUGAGGGGAAGCUGGAUCUUGGUUUCACCCCACCGUACCAAGCGGCCAUGGCAAGGACAGCAGGAGGGUGCUUCGAAAACUACUCUUCCUGAUUACGACCCAGCUUGCUACCUCUGUCCUGGCAACAAGCGUGCCGCUGGAGACUCGAACCCGAAAUAUGAGAGUACCUACGUCUUCGUCAAUGACUACAGUGCUGUCAAGGAAGAGCAAGCCGAAUAUGAGCAGCCAGCCAACGAUGGAACUCUUGCCAGCACGCUGCUACGCGCUGAGCCCGUGACUGGCAAAUGCUAUGUCAUCACCUUUGCUCCCACGCACAACUUGACCCUCGCAGACCUCCAGCCUUCGCAAAUCCUCCCAGUCAUCAACACCUGGACUAAGAUCUACACCACCCAUUUGUCUCCUAAGUCCAUCCUCGCCGAAGUCGCAGGACCCACCACUAUUGCUCCUCAUGGUCAGGACCUCGCCGCACCGAACGCUCAAUACCGCUACAUGCAAAUAUUCGAGAACAAGGGUGCUGCAAUGGGCUGCUCGAACCCUCACCCCCACGGUCAGGUCUGGUGCACGACUGGUACACCAGAAGAGCCUGCACUCGAACUAGAGAGCCUGCAGAAGUACCGCAAGAAGCACGGUGGAUCACACAUGCUGGUCGACUAUGCCAAACUCGAGUCUGAGAAGAAGGAGAGAGUCGUGUUCGAGAACGAAUCGUUCCUCGCCGUGUGUCCUUGGUGGGCUACCUGGCCCUUUGAGAUCAUGAUCAUUGCUCGUACCCACAAGCGUGCUUUGGUCGACUUCAACGACAAGGAGAGACAAGAUCUGGCCGAGACCAUCGCAGAAGUCACAAGACGCUACGACAACCUCUUCGAGACUCAAUUCCCCUACAGCAUGGGUCUUCACCAAGCACCGCUUGAAGGUACACCCGAGGAGAUUGAGGCCAGUCACUUCCACAUGCACUUCUACCCUCCCCUCCUCCGCAGCGCUACGGUGCGCAAGUUCCUGGUCGGUUAUGAGAUGAUGGCAGAGCCUCAGCGCGACAUAACCCCUGAACAGGCCGCUGCCAGACUUAGAGGCUGCGGUGGAGAGCUCUACCGCAAGAAGCUGCACUAA